CAGAAAAACAGGACAUGUCUAUUCCUGCUGCGUCUGCUCUCUGCCUCAUUCUGACUUUCUCUCCUUCACUAUCACUUUCUCUCUCCUCUUGCUCCAUUUUUCUCUCCGUUCACUUGUUUCUUCUUGCCCCCUGGUUUGUCAUAUCGAGUUCACAUGAGGAGACGCAGCCGUCUCCCCUGUGUUUCGCUGCUCAUUUGGUUAAGUUCAGGCUGUUCAGCAGCUCUGGGGUCAGUUAUGUGCUUGAUGUAAGUGACUUGGAGAAAACCAGCAGCAGUUCCAGUGUCAGAGGAGGGGAGUUACAUGUUACUGAGCCGAAUUAGACAAAAGCAGACAUCAACUGCAUGUCUAACUCAGACUGACUCAAACACACACACACACACACACAUCGUAAGCAUGUCGGCAGUGCGUCCAGCCUCCCCUCCUGCUGAGGACCCAACCACGCCCCCACCCAUGACCACGCCUCCUCGCAAACCCUCGGUCCGCCUGCAGGAGAGGCGGGGCUCCAACCUGUCUCUGCUAUUGGACGUGAGCAGCCUGGGGGCAGAGCCUAUUUGUUCUGUCUCCACCCCAAAGGAGGUGUGGCUUCAGCUGCUCCACACCUCCUCCCGCCCACUCACACACGAAAAGCUGCAGCAGGCCGCCAUGGACACCAGCACACUGAAUGUAGAGUACCAGAAGAUCCCUCCGAACUUUGUGAGCACCGUAGAGCUCGAUGUUCCUGGACAUAUGAUUAAAGACAGAUACAAAACCAUCCUGCCCAACCCUGAGAGCCGGGUGAUCCUGAGGAGCCCAGAGGAAGAGGGAGGGCCAGACCGCUACAUCAACGCCAACUACAUCAGGGGUUACAAAGGAGCUGCCCGGGCCUACAUCGCCACCCAGGGGCCAAUGCUGCACACUGUCGGGGACUUCUGGGACAUGGUGUGGCAGGAGAGGAGCAGCAUCAUCGUCAUGGUUACCAGACUCAAGGAGAGCAACGAGAAAUGUGAGCUGUACUGGCCACAGCCGAAGAAAAGGAGGAGGAAGAGGGCAAAGGAGGAGGAGGAGGAGCAGGAGGAGGAAGAAGGGGAGACAGGCCGAUUCGGCAGAUUCCUCCUCAGAGUGAGAGACAGCCGAGAGAAGGACGGGUUCACAGUCACUGACAUGGACAUCCAGCUGGGUGAAGAUCGUCGUCCCAUCAGACACUACUGGUUCACCUCUUGGCCUGACCACCACAUCCCACAAUGCACCGCUCCUCUGCUGAGACUAGUGGAGGAGGUGGAGACCUACAGCAAGUCGCUCCUGGCGCCCAGCUCUCAGCCAGUCACGGCCUCUGUGCUCAGCCCUGGACCAAUCAUCGUCCACUGCAGUGCAGGUAUCGGGAGGACAGGCUGUUUUAUCGUCAGCAGUAUCUGCGGUCAGCAGCUCAGAGAAACAGGUCAGGUUGACAUCCUUGAGACUGUGUGUCAACUUCGACUCGACAGGGGUGGUAUGAUCCAAACCACAGAGCAGUACCAGUUCCUGUACUCCACGCUGGCGCAGUACAGCUCCCAGCUACAGCACAAACAGGAGCAGAACCAGUCUGUCACACUGCCACAGAGCCAGCAGAGCCAGCAGGACCAAGUCAGCCUACAGCUUCAGAACCUCCAACUGGACAACACUCAAAAUGUGAAGAACUGAUAGAACCUCAAGAUCCACAGCUAAAGAGAUCCAGGAGACACAGAAAGGUAGAAAGAACAGAACUCAAAGAUGGACACCAGCAGUCAAACCCAAAGAACUGACACCCUUAGAGAUGAAGAGUUUGGGGAAGCAGCAGCAUCAGAAGCAUCAGGAUCAUACGAGAUCCCCAAAAGAAGGGGGUAUACUGGUCCAGUUCUGAGGGAUAUGGUCCAGGAAGUGGUGCUGAAGAACUGGAACAGGAGAGGCUCAGAGAACCCAGAUCAACCUGAUGAUUUUGGACUAAACAUCUCACUAACCUUUCUUACCUGAACCGAAAAGCUUGAACCAAGUACGAAAAACAGGUCAGAUCAAAAGGAACAUUUUAAUGAAAUUAAUUACUUUAAGGAUGAUUUUCAGUGAAGACCAAAGUGACACUGAAGUGAAACCAGAACUCUCAAAAUCCCAUUGACAUUUGUAAUAGUGCUAACAUUAAGAAAUCCAGCCUCGUUAAAAAUCUUUCUCAACAGUAUGUCACAUGACCCACUUCACGUUCAGAUAAGGGUGUAAAAGUGAUCUAAAAUCUUUAUUUAUUUAGUAUUUUUAUCUUUAGUGGCCUUCAACAAGGAUUCAUCCACACAAGCAUCCUUCACAGAUGAGUUGUAGUAGUGUUUACAGUGAGUCUGUUAGCACAAAGAAACAUGUAGGCAAGAUAUGACUGAUACAUUUCAAGUAUUAGAACUGGAUUUUGUGCCUGAACAGAAGAGGGCCACAAAUUCAAAUAAAAACACAGGAGCCACCUUCCCUGACCAUUCCAGGUUUUACUGCAUUUUCGUAUUUAAACAAACAAAUGUAAAUGUAUUUAAAUUAUCACAAAUUGCCAAAAAGACAAAGUGGACUUUCAGGGCCUCUGCAGGUCUGGAAGCCUGAGACAGUUUUCUCCCUUGCCUGGUCCAGAGUCCAGUUUGCACUACCAACUACUUGUAAAGAUGGACGACAUGACAGUUCCCGUAAACACCUGGACGCCCCCUGGUGGUUGGCUGCAGUACAGCUCAUAAGCUCCUCCCCCUCCAUGUUAGCAGAUGAGACACGAGCCAAAUAAAUUUUUCUUAAAGAUGGUUUCUGUCAUUUUAGGUAGUUUGUUCAAAUGUUCAUCGUUCUGAUCAGUUUGGCUUUAAUUAGUUAUUUGAUGCUAUAAAAAGGGAUUGACAGUUAAGCACUGAUCCUGAUUGGCUCAGACAGGUGGUAACUUGAUACCUGAUACUGCAGCACCACUUCCCAAUCACUACUGCACAGACUCUGGCUCCAAAUGAUGUCACCAGAACAAGAUGGCAGCACUCCGCCGAUAGAGGUUCUCAGUCAUCCGGGUCACGACAGUUGAAGUGCUAGAAGCAAAGGCAACCCACAACAACCUAAAAGAUGUCUGGUUGCCAUUCACUUCUAGCAUGGCAGCACUCGUAUCGGGGAUAUUUUGGCUUCACUGUGAAGCACAGUGGGAGGAAGUGGAGAUGCAUCGGCCAUCUUUAUGAAUGACUGUAGUAUGCACACCUGUAUGUUUACCAGUUCCUGCAAAGUGCAGUUCAGGACCAGCACUUGUGAUCAAACAAGCUCAGUAUAGGUACAACAGGACACCAGGACAAAAUACACAGCAUCCAGAAAAAUAAAAGAAUUAUGAAAAUAAAUAUAUCUGAAAAAACAAUGUAAAUGCAGAUUAUGGAGUCAAAACCCUCCAUGUUUUCAAGAGAUUAUGUCCACCUGUGCCUCCAUCUGCUCAGACAGAUGAGGAUAAGCUGAAACCAGAAAAAGUUUUUGUAAUUGCAGAUUAAUUUUCUGCCAGUUUAUUAACUGAUAAAGUGACUAAUAGUUUUAAUUCUGAUGUUUUUCAUCAGAACUGGACCCUUAUUGGCUGUUUGAUAGAUAGAAAUUUAAGUGUAGUCUUGAUUCAAACAGAAAUUAAAGAUCAUUUUUAGAGGCGACUAUAAAAUGAUGAGUCUUUGUGUGUGUGUGUGUGUGUGUGUGUGUGUGUGUAUGGACGUGUAUUCCUGUAGUUGUGGGGACAAAAAUCUGUUUACAUAGUCACAUUGUAAAGACUUGCCUUACUUAUGGGGACAAAACACAAGUCCCCACAACGUAAAUCAUUAAAUAUUAGGGUGAAGAGUUGCUUUAAGGAUAGGCUGAGGUUAGCGUUAGGAUUAGGCCUUAGCCUUCAGGAAAUGAAUGUAAGUCUAUGUAAUGUCCCCAAAAUGAUGUAAACAUGACGUGUGUGUGUGUGUGUGUGCAUGUAAAUCUCAGGUUGAGUCCUUUGAACCUAACAGUGAUGAGACUGUAACUAUUAGUAUGAAUAAACCCAAUGACUGUG